AUGUUGGAUGGGUACAACCACGAGCUCUGCGCUGUGCUGCGGAUUGAGACGGUGAAGCACGUCACAGUUCGAGCUGAGACCUGUGAUUUUAUUUCCAACCGACACCACACGCACAUGAACUCGACCAUCUGGGUCACUCUCAGCAACUUCGUCCAGUACCUGGGAAGGACGAACCAGUGCACCAUCGACAAGACUCCAAAAGGCUGGUACCUGCAGUUUGUGGAUAACUCGCCCGAAGCCCGCUUGCGAGCUGCAGCGGCCAAGGCGAAAGAGGAAGGUGAGGUUUCUUCAGAGCAAAGGCAUGACAUUGCCUUGAAGAAGGCCAUAGCAGAGUGCAAGAAGGAUGGAGGCUUCCAGGAGUCAGAGUUCACGGAGCUCCAGCGCAAGGAAGGCGAUGCUCCGAUUUCUUUCAACAUGGCGGCCGGAUCGGCCUCCUCGGCUCCGGCGAAACCUCCUCCAGUCAAGGAGGUCUCAGAGGCUGCCGUCAAGAAGAACGCUCUUGCGCAAGCCUUUGAAACACAUGAGACGACAGAAGAGGCGCAGGACACCAAGAAGCACAAGCUGAGCGCGGUGGAGCGCAUCCGAUUGGAACACGAAGAAUCCAAAAGGCAGAAGCUGCAGCCUGCACCGGCGUCCCCUUCUGAAAGCUCUUCUUCAGGGUCAGAACCUUGGCUAACGGAAGGCAUCAUCGUGAAGGUGAUGCAUCAAGACCUAGCCGGUGGUAAAUACUAUCGCAAGAAGGGCAAGGUAGAAAAAGUCCGCAAGCAGUUUACCGCUGACAUCCGCAUGGUCGAAAGCAGGGACCUCAUUCGCUUGGACCAGGAGAUGCUGGAGACCGUUAUCCCCAACCUGGGCAAGCCAGUCAUGGUGGUGAAGGGCCAGUACAAGGGGAAGAAGGGACACAUGAGGACAGUGGACCUGGAGGCUUUCUGCGUCGCAGUUCAGCUCGAGGACGGCCGACUGCGCACUUGGUCACCUAGCUCGAGUAGACAGUUUUGCCGCAGUGAGUCCAUCGCAACAUGUAGGUUGGAUGUUUCUGCAAACCUGGGGGGUCACCCCCCCUCCCCCCCAAACGAUGGACCAAAUGCGGGGAGGGGUCCCCCCCCAGCCUGCUUAAAUCGUGUCUAUUUGGCAGCUGGAACUGUGUGUUUGCACAUGCCAGGCUUCUAUGAAUAUUAA